AUGCGUAUUCGCUGUUGUAUGUACGCACAGCGGCCAUGCCUCGUGUGCACACCUCAAACUGGUCGAACAAGAUCUCGUCCGCGUCACCACUUGAAUCAAUCAGAUACAAAGCCGAUCUCUGUUUUCACCCCCUCUCCUCUCUCUCUCUCUCUCUCUCUCUCUCUGUUAGUUAAGUUCCUUUCUUUGCUUCUUUCUUUCACGAAAUUCUUAUUUGACUUUUACCUACCAGCAGUUUUGUAUUUAUUCGAACUUUAUUCCAUACAUUUGUUAUUCUUAUUUUUAUUUUAUUCCUUUUUUUUUAUUUCGAUUUGGAUUUUAUUUUAUUUUCAUGUUCAAUGCUUUACUUUCCGUUCAUUCUUUCUUUUUCUUUCUUACAGUUUUAUUCAUUUUAUAUUAAUCUUUUUUUUUCUUUCAAUCCGUUUCUUUCAUUAUUCGUUUUUAUUUUAUUUUCAAUUUUUCUUGCCUUGUUACCGUCUUUCCGACUUUCAUUCUUUCUUCUCCUUUCCCUUUUUUUUCUUUUUUCUUCUAAAACUGUUCUUUUGCUUACUCACUUUUGAUUUUCUUCCUUUUCCGAAUUUCUUCCUUUCUUUUUGUUUUUCUUUCUUCCAUUUUCAUUCUUCGUUUCUUUUUGUUUGUUCUUUGGCUUUUCACUCUUUCGUUUUUGUCUUUCUUUUUAUUUGUUUAUUCUUUGUCUUUUCUUCUCUUUCAUUUUUCUUCUUCUGUUGCUCAAACAUUUUCUCUUUCAUUCAUAUAUAUUUAACGCAAAUUCUUUCGCUCCAUUUUCUUUUCUUACCUUCAUUCUAUCUUCAUUCACAAUUUCUCUUUCAUUUCACACUUUUGUUCUUUAUUCUCCUUUCUUCUUUUUCUUCCGUAAAAUCUUUAUUAAUUCUACCUUUUCCCUCGUCUUAUUUUAUUCAAUAUUCCUAUUUUCUUUUCUUUUUUCAACUCAUUUUUUUCUUCUCAUUCAUUCUUUCAUACAAUCCUUUUUUCCUUCUUUCGUCUCUCCCUUAUCUUUCUAAAAAAUAUACCAAUCCCUCUUUAUACAGACCAAAUAUAAUGUACCUUCUGCUUCUUUCAUUUUCCAAGCAAAUGUACUUGAUUGGUUUCCUGUAUGAAAUUCGCUCUUUUACGUCACUUCCGGCUGACCGGUAG